GGCAGCUGUGAAAUCCUGCGGCUGAUCAACCUUGCGAAUUCGCCUUCCUAUUACAAGUGGAUCUGGCAGUGUCUGGAGCUGAUAGACGACAGACCUCUGAGGGCUCACCUCAAGGAGCCAUCUCCAGCACAGAGAUUUAAGGAAUUCCGGAUCAAAUCAUAUCCUCUGCAGGACUUCAGCCCUUUGAAACUUCUGCAUCUCCAGAAAGCCUGUGAGCAACAGGGGACAAGUUUAAGUGAGAAGCUUGAAACCUCAGAAAAUAGCUUUCCCAAAAUGCUGGGCCCGAAGAUCAAAUCCAAGUAUCCCCAAUCAAUCAAAUGUCCCAUGGUCAAUACCAAGUUUGGCGAGCUUCCCAAGGAGGCUGUGGUGGGCGUCUACAUGAAGAUCCAUACUGUGGAGCAAGGAGAACUUGUGGGCUUUCACCAGGCCUUUCUCCCAGAGAGCCAACGUGACAUGCGGCCCUUGAUCCUUGUGAGCCAGGGAGCAGAGUUGAUACGAUUGAGGAAACAAAAAUUUUGUGAAUUGAUUGAUGAUGAGACAAAAGAAAAAUUGACAAGCACCGAGAUUGAGUACCCCAGUGAUGAAGACAUGUGCCAGAGGUUCCUCAAGGAGAACAGCUGGAAUGUCUUUCGGAAGGACCUGGUGCGGCUGCUGAUGGAAUCUCGACAAAGACCACCAUUCAUCCCCACCCAGCCCAAGAAGAAAGGGAUCUACAACCCUAAGUCUUUGAUCCUGGAUUUGUGUAGUGUACACAAGAAGGUUAAACCAUCUCGUCCCAUGUUUUUGGCACCUCAGAAAUUCCUCCCCCCACUGAGGAUUGUCCAGGCCAUCUCAGCACCCCGAUACAAAAUCCAAGAACUCCUGCCUCAGUAUAAGAAUGCAGGGGUCCUUGUUUAG